AUGGGCGACAUGGUAGAAAUUGUGGCAAUGGAUGACAUCGCUGUUUACGACCUUCACGGUGGCAUCGGAGAUGGCGCAGAUAUGGUACUUGGAUUCAAUGGCUGCUUGAUUUCCAUCUCCAUAUCUCCUAGCAACGGGUCAUCUGCAAGGGACACGCAAAGGCAGCAAGAUCGUCCUAUACAAGAUCACUUUAUUGAUGUCAUAGACAAGGCUACCGUGUGUGAGGACAACGACGAGUAUGAGGAGUUUGUAGAUGAGGUCUUUAUCGCGAUUCUCGACGCCGGAAGACCGCUUUUCCGUCAGUUGACAUCUUCGCAAGGCGGACAGGGUCUGAGCAAACCUCUGCAUCGUUAUCUAUUUCCUCCUUUCUUCCACUUCCGUUUGGAAGCCCCUUCGUCUACAGGCAGUGUCUCCGUUAUACCCAUCACUUCCGACGAAACAAAUAUCACCUAUACAGUUGGCCUUACCUCUGACCAAGGUUUCCAAGAAGAGUUGGGGAUCUGCCAAGAUUUACCUAGCUACAUACCUGAGGAACUGUUUACUACCGAGGUGUUUGAGCGUGGUUCAAGGAGUGUUACAGCUGCCGUCCAUGUACAAGGGCAAGACAUGUUGUGCAAGGCGAGUGGUGAACCAGACAGACUCUCAGGUAGCAGAACGGGACGGGAGAUUCGAUACCUUCACAAAAUACGGGAAUACUUUUCAUUGGGAUCUAUACGUGUUCCUCAACUUCAUGGCUACGUCCAUCACAACGAUACGAAGCAGAUCUUGGGACUUCUUCAACAGUGGGUGCCAGGGCGCAGACUUGACGAUAUUGUUACCACUGCUACGCCACAAAACAAGGAGAAAUGGGCUUCCCAAGUACGGCAAACCAUCGAGCUCCUUCGUCAGCACGAAAUAAUCUGGGGAAAUGGAAAACCUAGCAAUGUCAUUAUCGAUGAGCAAAAGAAUGCGUGGCUGAUUGAUUUCGGGGGCGGGUAUACAGAAGGAUGGAUUGACGAAGAUCUAGCUGAAACAAAAGAAGGAGAUGAGCAAGCUCUGAAGAGGAUCAUUGAAAUGCUAAGCGGAGGCGAGGAUAUGCCCGUAUCUGCAUAG